AGGAACAUUAAUGUUAACGGACUAUAUAAUAAUGUUAUUAAAGAAAAUCUGAAAUAUGGAUGAGCAGAUUGCUAGCGCUUCAUUCAGUGAUUUAUUUGAUAAUAAUACAGACAGAAGUUGGAUAGUAACAAAGAAUGAAAAAGAUAAGGUAAAAGUUGCCCGUUCUACUGAAGAAGAAAUUGAUGAACUUUAUAGAACUAGGACAGACUGGCUAGUUAAAAAUGUAGACGAAGAGGAAACAGAACAGGAUUCCUCCGACGUAGUCUACAAAUGGCAGUUGCACGGUACAGCAAUGUUUUUUAUAAGGGACCUACUAAACUGCCCCACUAUAGAUAAUUAUUUCAUCUGCAAGAAUAUUCCCUUUGAAGAUGUAUUACUUUGUGGAACAGUUGUUUCCCUUUCCAGAUAUUACGAGAAGUGUUCUAUUGUUGUUGACGAUGGUACCAGUAAUAUCACAUGUAUAAUAAAACAAACUGAGCUUGCAGCUUUACAGUUGAGUGAAAAAGAAAAGCGGGGGCAUAUCGAGUUAACAGAGGCUCUUAAGGCAAAUCGUAAUGACCCAAUACUAAAGGCAAGAGCAAUUAUGAUGCGAGCGCUAAAAAAUUUAGUUAAGAAUACUCCCUCUUUUGAAGAGUUGAAAUUAGGUGAUAUUGUUACUGUCAUAGGAAGCCUUAGCGAAUAUAAAAAUAAUCGGUAUAUAUUCAUAAAAUCGAUUGAAAAGGAACAAGAAGACUCUCUUUAUCAUAUUAAAUAUUUAGAAGAGCUGCUUGAUUUGUACACAAACCGAUACGUAAAUUCAUAAAGGAAAAUGUACUUUUUCU